ACUAUUGAAGUUAUUUUAUUGCAAGCAUUGUCUAUUUCUACUUUCUAACGUUUGAGUGCACUCUGAAGAGUUGCUCAGUGCAGAGAGAGCAGAGGUUUUCUUUUGAGAGAGAAUCUCUUCACUUGGUUUUGGUGACGGAUCGGAUGAAAUUCCAUAUCAAUUUGUCUGUCUAAUCAAACAAUAUUGGUAACAUCUUUGACUAUCAGCAUGGCUCAACUCAUAGAUGAUGUUAUUGGAUUCGUGGAUGCCCUUUAGCAUUUUUUUUAUAUUACUAUUGUCAUAAAUGAAUUUCUUUUAGGGAACAUCAGACUCCAGCGGCUGCUAUCAAGAUGGAGGCUUUUGCCAAGGCUACUUCAUACUCAUGCAGUCAUUUAAUUCAUAUUUAAUACCUGGCUUUACAGAAGUACACCCAAUGUGUUCAUCCAAUUGUGAUUUUUUUGUUUCAUUAACCAGAAACACUCAUUUGUGACCACUUUACUGUCCUGGCACCAUCUCACCCAAUUAGGUUCUCGACUACUAUAGGAUUUUUUUUUUUAAAUACUUUUUAUGAUUUUUAAAUAUCCCUUGUCCAUGAUCAUUCAAAGUCAAAUUCGAUGUAUACAUAAUUAUGUUAGACCUAGUGUCCUGCCAUCAAUUUUCAACAAUCUAAGUACAGGGUUAUCAACCGACGGUUACAUCAACUUAAUGUGUAAGCAACAACAAUACAAAGAAGCACUUAAUGCAUUUGAUUUCCAUCUGAAGAAUUCGAGUAUCCAGCUAGAACCAAGCACCUAUCUGAAUUUAAUCUUGGCCUGCACCAACUUUAGAUCUCUUAAAUAUGGCAAGAAAAUCCAUGAUCACAUUUUAAAAUCCAACUGUCAACAUGACCUUGUUCUGCAAAAUCAUAUUCUUAAUAUGUAUGGAAAAUGUGGUUCUUUGAAGUAUGCUAGAGAAGUUUUUGAUGCAAUGCAGCUGCAAAAUGUGGUCUCUUGGACUAUAAUGAUUUCUGGAUACUCACAGAAUGGUCAAGAGAAUGAUGCCAUCAUCAUGUACAUUCAAAUGCUUCGAUCAGGUCAUUUCCCAGACCAGUUAACCUUUGGAAGCAUAAUUAAGGCUUGCUGCAUUGCAGGGGAUGUAUAUUUGGGCUGGCAACUGCAUGCCCAUGUUGUUAAAUCAGGGUAUGAUCAUCACUUGGUUGCACAAAAUGCUCUUAUUUCAAUGUAUACAAAGUUUGAACAAAUUGCACGUGCCUCAGAUGUGUUUACUAUGAUUUCUACGAAGGAUUUAAUAUCUUGGGCUUCCAUGAUUACAGGGUUUACCAAACUUGGUUAUGGGAUGGAAGCUUUGUAUCUUUUCAGAGAUAUGCUCAGGCAUGGUGUUUAUCAUCCAAAUGAGUUUAUAUUUGGCAGUGUAUUCAGUGCUUGCAGCAGGCUUCUGGAACCUGAAUUUGGGAGGCAAAUACAUGGAGUGUGUGUUAAGUUUGGUUUAGGGGGAAACAUUUUUGCUGGAUGUUCCCUCUGUGACAUGUAUGCAAAAUCUGGUUUCUUACCUUCAGCAAAAAAGGCUUUUUAUCAGAUUGAAAGCCCUGAUUUAGUGUCAUGGAAUGCAAUUAUUGCAGCAUUUUCUGACAGUGGUGAUGUAAACGAAGCCGUAUCUUUUUUCUGUGACAUGAUACAUGCAGGUUUGACGCCGGACAGCAUUACUUUUCUCUCAUUACUUUGUGCUUGCGGGAGCCCCAUUACACUCAACCAAGGCACGCAAAUACAUUCUUACAUUAUCAAAAUAGGGAUGGAUAGGGAAGCAACCGUAUGUAACUCUUUGCUAACCAUGUACACAAAGUGUUCAAAUCUAUAUGAUGCAUUCAAUAUUUUCAAAGAUAUAAGCGAAAAUGCCAAUUUAGUUUCUUGGAAUGCAAUUCUUUCAGCAUGCUUGCAGCACAAACAAGCAGAAGAGGCUUUCAGAUUAUUCAAGUUAAUGCUUUUCUCUGAAAAUAAGCCUGACAACAUCACCAUAACUACCAUAUUAGGAACUUGUGCAGAAUUGGCAUCUCUAGAAGUUGGGAAUCAAGUUCAUUGCUUUAGUGUUAAAAGUGGGCUUGUGGUUGAUGUUUCUGUCAGCAAUAGAUUGAUUGAUAUGUAUGCAAAGUGUGGAUCACUUAAACAAGCUCGAGAUGUUUUUGAUUCAACCCAAAACCCAGAUAUUGUCUCAUGGAGUAGUUUAAUUGUUGGUUAUGCUCAGUUUGGACUUGGACAUGAAGCUCUUAAUCUCUUUAAAAUGAUGAGGAAUCUUGGUAUUCAGCCUAACGAAGUGACAUAUCUGGGGGUACUUAGUGCAUGCAGUCACAUUGGAUUGGUGGAGGAAGGCUGGCACUUAUAUAAAACCAUGGAAGUGGAACUAGGGAUUCCACCUACGAGAGAGCACAUAUCUUGUAUGGUUGAUUUGCUUGCUCGUGCAGGAUGCUUGAAUGAAGCAGAGAAUUUUAUUACGGAAACGGGAUUUGACCCUGACAUUACUACAUGGAAAACUCUACUUGCUUCUUGCAAAAUUCAUGGUAAUGUUGACAUUGCAGAGCGGGCUGCAGAAAAUAUACUAAAACAGGAUCCUUGCAAUUCUGCUGCUCUAGUGCUACUUUCUAAUAUUUAUGCUGCUGCUGGCAACUGGAAAGAAGUUGCCAAACUAAGGAACUUGAUGAAACAAAUUGGGGUACAAAAGGUUCCUGGUCAAAGUUGGAUAGAAGUUAAGGAGAAGAUCCAUGUGUUCUUCUCAGAAGAUAGUUCACAUCCACAAAGGGACAAAAUCUACACAAUGCUUGAAGAUUUAUGGUUGCAAAUGCUGGAUGAUGGUUAUGAUCCUUGUCAGAGGUUUGACACUAGCAUUUUGUAGGAGUCAUCGAUGGUGAUGAUCCUUCCCAAAUCUAUAUUGAUUUUGAUCUACGUCUAGAUAGUUUAGUUGCAGCACAAGAAAAUUUUGUGAUGACUGAUCCCAAGGGACAGUGACACUGUUAAUACUAAAAUGUAAAAUCUUAUCAUUAUUCCCGUUUUGUGUUUUAGUAAGUGGUGGUGUGUUGUGUGUGAUUUAUUGGCAUGUAGGUUUCACUCAACCAUGUAGUCUAUAUUUUUCCACAGUUUACUACUUUAGCUGACCUGAACUGCCGAGUGUUUUUCCGUUAUCUGAUGCUAAUGACUUCCAUAUUUUUGCCGCAAUUGAUGGAUAAGGAUUUGGCAUCAAUUAUAGUGAUUAUUUGUUUG